ACCCUAACUGGCCCAUUACUAUUACCUGUUUAACCUCCCAUUCUCUUUCCUCACACCCCCAGAAAACCCUAAAAUUCUUUCUUCUCGUAGCUUUUCUGCGCAGCUGCGAGGUCUGGUUCUUGUGGCAUGAUAAUGGCUUCAAAACAGCCAAAUACCGGGCUCUUUGUGGGGUUAAACAAGGGACACAUUGUAACCAAGAAGGAAUUGGCUCCUCGACCCUGUAUUCGCAAAGGAAAAACCAGCAAAAGGGUUCAUUUUGUGAGGAGUUUGAUCCGUGAAGUUGCUGGUUUUGCACCAUAUGAGAAGAGAAUCACUGAGCUUCUGAAAGUUGGUAAGGACAAGCGAGCACUGAAAGUUGCCAAAAGAAAGCUUGGCACUCACAAGAGGGCAAAGAAGAAGCGUGAGGAGAUGUCCAAUGUACUUCGCAAGAGCAGAGCUGCAGGAGGUGGAGAGAAGAAGAAGUGAAGGAGGUUUGGCUAGUUUGUUUUGCUCUCACACUUAGAAGUAAUGUUUUUAUUUUGGUCAUCACAUUUUGUAAGCAGCAUGUUAUCAUAUUUAGAGAGGAAACUGUCUGUGUGGGAAUUUGUUAUUUUCCAUUUCAUAGGGAAUCAAAAGUACUGCUGAUUUCAAUAUUUUGUUCCUGCACUAUGUAUUUUGAUAUGAUCUAUUUAGAUUUAUUCAGUUGGGAUGAAAAAUUAUGAGGAAAAAGAUUAUCUGAAUGUUUGACA